AUGCGUCAGGAGGAAAUCGAGUGUUUUGGAAUAUCAGCUCAACCAACGGUUAUGAUCAUUGGCGCGGGUCAGAGUGGUUUGAUGUUAGCAGCGCGUUUGAAGUUGCUCGGCUUGAGUACGCUGAUUGUGGAUAAGAAUCAACGAACAGGAGAUUCAUGGCGAAAAAGGUAUCAUUCACUCUGUUUACAUGAUCCUAUAUGGGCAGACCAUUUCCCGUAUAUGUCUUACCCUGAUAAUUGGCCAAUUUAUAUGCCCAAAGAUAAAUUGGCUGGUUGGUUUGAAUAUUAUGCCGAAGCGAUGGAACUUUCGAUUUGGAACGAGUCUACUGUUCAACAAGGCUCCUCUAGCUAUGAUCCCACCACUGGAACGUGGUCAGUAGAAGUGAUCCGACCAACAGGUUCAAGAACACUUCAUCCACGCUUCCUUGUGAUGGCUACAGGAUUGAAUGGUGCACCACGUUGGCCAGAUAACUUUCCAAUGGACUCUUUUACUGGAACUCUGGUUCAUUCUAGUGCUUUUAAUACCGGGGAAGAGUGGAAAGGGAAACAUGCGGUGGUUAUUGGAGCCUGUAAUUCUGCUCAUGACAUUGCUGCUGAGCUUUGGGUCAAUGGGGCUGCUUCAGUCACAAUGGUUCAACGUUCCAAUACUUAUGUGAUGUCAAGUGAGCAUGGACUCAAGGGACUUUUAAAGGGAUCAUACGAAGAAGAUGGUCCGGCUAUUCAGGACGCAGAUCUUGGUUUUACUUCUCUUCCACUCAAUUUACUUGAAAAGAUACAUACGAAAGCUACAGAAGAAACCACAAGACUUGAUCAUUCGCUUCUAGAAUCUCUCAAGAACGUGGGCUUUAAGUUAGAUCCAUGUCCGGCAGGACUAUUGAUGAAGUUUUUUAGGAAAGGGGGUGGAUACUACAUUGAUGUCGGAUGUUCUGCACUUCUUGCAGAACGUAAGAUUCAACUGAAACAAGGCGUAGAAGUAGAAGAACUUACACCACACGGUGUGAAAUUUGCGGAUGGUGAGGAGAUUGAGGCAGACUUGGUCGUCUGUGCCACUGGUUACAGUUCUUUCCAUGACACGAUAAGGUCUAUUCUCGGGCCUCAAGUUUCAGAGAAGCUUGGACCGAUUUGGGGUGCUGAUUCUCAAGGUGAACUUCCAGGAGUAUGGCGACUAUCAGGACAUCCAGCUUUCUGGGUGAUGUGUGGAAAUCUGACAUUGGCAAGAUGCUUCUCUAAGCAUGUUGCUACUCAAAUUCUGUUACAAGAACUAGGUCUUUGUGAUAAGAACUUUUCUGGUAGAUUAGGUAAAAGCUACUUCAAAGAGGGAAAGAUGAUGGAGGAUUGUACGGAUUAUAAAGAAAAGUUGGAAGAUUGUAUGUUAUAG